GCGGCGCGGCCGGGCCGGGCGGCGGGGCCGGGGCCGGGCGGCAUGGAGCGGGGCCGGCGGCGGGGCCCGCGGCCGCAAUAGGAGCCGAGCCGAGCUGAGCCGGGCCGGGCGAUGCGGCGGUGAGCGCGGCGGGGCCGGGCGCCGCCGCGAUGCUCCGCCGCAGCCUCAGCCGCCUGUGUGCUGGGGAGGAGAAGCGGGUCGGUACACGCACCGUGGUGGUCGGGCACCGUCCUGUUUCAGAAACAGAGGCGUGUGUGGCACAGAAGUUCUGCGACAACAGGAUUGUCUCCUCCAAGUACACCCUCUGGAACUUCCUCCCGAAGAACCUUUUUGAACAGUUUAGAAGAAUUGCCAACUUCUAUUUCCUGAUCAUCUUCCUCGUGCAGGUUAUAGUGGACACCCCAACUAGCCCAGUGACCAGUGGCCUCCCGCUCUUCUUUGUCAUCACUGUCACAGCUAUCAAACAGGGGUACGAGGACUGGCUGAGGCACAGAGCUGACAAUGAAGUGAACAAGAGCAAUGUCUUCGUUGUCGAAAAUGCAAAGCAAGUGCGGAAAGAGAGUGAAAAAAUCAAGGUUGGUGACAUAGUAGAAGUGAAAGCAGAUGAGACCUUCCCCUGUGACUUGAUAUUUUUGGCCUCCAGCAGCAUUGAUGGGACCUGUUAUGUCACUACAGCGAGUCUUGAUGGCGAGUCCAAUUUCAAGACUCACUACGCAGUGCGGGAUACCACCGUGCUCUGUACAGAUGAAGCCAUCGACACCCUCACUGCCACCAUCGAGUGUGAACAGCCACAGCCUGACCUCUACAAAUUUGUUGGAAGAAUUAUCAUCUACAGAAGUAACCAGGAGCCCGUAGCCAGGUCUUUGGGUCCUGAAAACCUGUUGCUGAAAGGUGCUACCCUCAAAAAUACCAAGAAGAUUUAUGGAGUUGCAGUUUAUACUGGAAUGGAGACGAAAAUGGCUCUGAACUACCAAGGGAAAUCUCAGAAACGGUCUGCAGUGGAAAAAUCUAUCAACGCUUUCUUGAUAGUGUAUUUGUGCAUCCUAUUGAGCAAGGCCACUGUGUGCACGACUCUGAAAUACGUCUGGCAGAGUAAUCCAUUUAAUGAUGAGCCUUGGUACAAUGAAAAGACUAAAAAAGAGAGAGAGACAUUCAAGGUCUUGCGGAUGUUCACCGACUUCCUGUCAUUUAUGGUUCUCUUCAAUUUUAUUAUCCCAGUCUCCAUGUAUGUUACAGUAGAGAUGCAGAAGUUCUUGGGCUCCUUCUUCAUCUCUUGGGACAAGGAGAUGUACGACGAAGAAAUAAAAGAGGGAGCGUUGGUGAACACCUCAGACCUGAACGAAGAGCUCGGGCAGGUGGAGUACGUCUUCACGGACAAAACCGGCACCCUGACAGAGAACAGCAUGGAGUUCAUCGAGUGCUGCAUAGAUGGGCACAAGUACAAAGACUGCAUGUCGGAGGUGGAUGGCUUCUCUCAGACUGAUGGACUCCCAAAAUACUAUGGCAAGGCAGAAAAGAGCCGUGAGGAGCUGUUCCUGCGGGCCCUCUGCCUGUGCCACACGGUUCAGAUCAAGGAAGCAGACCAGGUGGAUGGGCUGAUAGGACACCCAGAACGCAAAUACACCUACAUCUCCUCUUCCCCAGAUGAAAUCGCUUUGGUGAAAGGCGCAGAAAAGUAUGGUUUCACUUUUCUAGGACUUGAAAAUGAUUUCAUGAAAAUACGAAACCAAAAGAAUGAAACUGAGAUGUACCAACUUCUCCACGUGUUGAACUUUGACCCUGUCCGUCGCCGUAUGAGUGUCAUUGUGAGAACCACCGCAGGAAAGUUACUUCUCUUCUGUAAAGGAGCAGACUCCUCUAUUUUUCCAAGGGUGCAGCAAGAAGAAAUCCAACAAACAAAAGUCCAUGUGGACCGCAAUGCUAUGGAUGGCUAUCGAACGCUCUGCGUGGCCUUCAAAGAAUUAACUCAGAAGGAGUAUGACAAAAUUGACAGACAGCUCAAUGAAGCUAAGAUGGCUCUGCAGGACAGGGAGGAGAAGAUGGCCAAGGUUUUUGAUGACACAGAAGCAGACAUGCACCUGAUUGGGGCUACUGCUGUAGAAGACAGGCUGCAGGAGCAGUUGGCAGAGACGAUCGAAGCUCUGCACGCAGCUGGCAUGAAGGUUUGGGUGCUGACAGGAGACAAGAUGGAAACUGCCAAAUCCACCUGCUACGCCUGCAGGCUCUUCCAGACCAGCACCGAGCUGCUGGAGCUAACAGCAAGGACUGUGGGUGAGAGUGAAAGGAAGGAGGAUCGGCUCCAUGAGCUGCUGAUGGAGUACCAUAAAAAGCUGAUUCAGGAUGUUCCCAAAAGCCGGGGAGGCCUGAAGAGAAGCUGGACGUUGAGUCAAGAGUACGGACUGAUUAUAGAUGGCUCGACGCUGUCUCUGAUACUCAACCCUUCUCAGGACUCUGGUUCUAGCAAUUACAAAAACAUAUUUCUACAAAUCUGCUUGAAGUGCACUGCAGUCCUCUGCUGCCGGAUGGCUCCUUUGCAGAAAGCACAGAUUGUGCGAAUGGUGAAGAACACAAAAGGAAGCCCCAUAACCCUCUCCAUAGGGGAUGGUGCAAAUGAUGUUAGUAUGAUUUUGGAAGCACACGUUGGAAUAGGUAUAAAAGGCAAAGAAGGACGGCAGGCUUCCAGAAACAGCGACUAUGCUGUGCCAAAGUUUAAACAUUUAAGAAAACUGCUACUAGCACAUGGGCAUUUAUAUUAUGUGAGAAUAGCACACCUUGUACAGUAUUUCUUCUAUAAGAACCUUUGCUUCAUUUUACCGCAAUUUUUAUACCAGUUCUUCUGUGGAUUCUCACAGCAGCCACUGUAUGAUGCUGCUUAUCUGACCAUGUACAACAUCUGCUUCACAUCGCUACCUAUCCUGGCUUACAGCCUCCUGGAGCAGCACAUCAGCAUCGACACGCUGACCUCGGAUCCUCAGCUGUACAUGAAGGUUUCAGAUAAUGCAAUGCUGCAGUGGAGGCCGUUCCUGUACUGGACCUUUCUGGGCGCUUUUGAAGGACUCGUGUUUUUCUUUGGGGUUUAUUUUCUGUUUCAGAAUUCAUCGUUGGAAGAUAACGGAAAGAUUUUUGGGAACUGGACCUUUGGGACGAUUGUUUUUACUGUGCUGGUGUUCACCGUCACUCUGAAGCUAGCGUUAGAUACCCGAUUCUGGACGUGGAUGAACCACUUUGUGAUUUGGGGAUCCCUUGCCUUCUACGUGUUUUUCUCAUUCUUUUGGGGAGGAGUCAUUUGGCCUUUCUUGAAGCAGCAAAGAAUGUAUUUUGUAUUUGCUCAUAUGCUGACUUCUGUUUCCACAUGGCUGGCAAUAAUUCUCCUGAUCUUUAUCAGCCUUUUCCCAGAAAUUCUUCUAAUAGUUUUAAAAAAUAUAAAAGAGAAAAAUCAUCAGGAACAUCCACUAUCUUCAUGCUUUCUCAAACUUCCAGCAAUCACAGCUUUUCUUGGAGUGAAUAAGGCUGGCCCCUUUGAUCUACCUGUAUUAGUCUCAUACAAACGUAUAGAGAAUGGUUAUGUGAAGACUGAAGAUGCUAUUACUAAUUUGGCAGAAAGAUAUCCUCUCAGGAUACUUUAAAGUGCUCCAUACAAACACUGCGUAUUGUCAUGCUGUAGGACAAAACCCAUGGUUUUAACCUAACAGUUCUCUUUGAUAUUACCAAGGAAUGUAAGCAGCCAUGCUGAAAGAGCAGCAGCCAGGGCACUGGCCCCACGGUACCUGUUUGUCUUUGGUCUUGUGGUUUCCCCACCCUCCCAGAACAACAAUUCUGCCAAAUUCUACGUCAUUGGAGGCUGAGAAAGCAUCUUUAGAAAUUCAUCCAAAAUGGCAUGAAUCAAAGUGCAAGAGUGCAGUGCCAGCCCCAUUUCACACGGGGGCUUCCUCUGCCCACUGCAGAUCUGAGAGCAGCAGAGAGCUGCUCAAGUCUCUUGCUCUCCUGACCAAAGAAGUAGCACAGACUUAAACCCAGUAACAGCCCCAUCUGACUCCCUGAAGGCACUGGGAAAAGCCUCCUCCUCUCCCAUGGAAUCUGGAUGCAGCCCUGAGAGCAUCUCUCCUGGUGCUGGGGCUGCGAUCCCUCGGCAGGGGGCUGCCCCCUCCCAGCUGUGGGUGCCAGAUGCACGUGGCAGAAUUACUUGAAAAUUCGGGAGAAAUCUUUUGCUGAUCCCUCCUCUAGGUAUGGCUGGAAGCAGUCUGUGGUCUGCCCACAGUGAUGGUGUCUGUGUGGAGACCUGCAGUGCUGGGAAGCACCUGAGCAUCCUCCCGCGUCCGGUUUGCUGAUGGGUUUAUUCCUGCUGAAGGGUGAAGAAAAGGUUGUUCUGUGGCUGUUCAUGAUGGAAGGAAGCUUUUGUGGGGGAGGAAGGAAUCCCAAAAGUUGGACUGUGGCAGACUCUGAGCCUCUCUGCCCAGGCUCCUGUGGCUGUGCUUACAUUACUGCACUGUGCAGUUGCUCCAACACUUUAAAGGCCUGAGUGACAGUGCAGUCCUUGGCUGAUCCCAGGGACAUGGGAUGUGCCUGUGAACCUGCAGGCGUAUAAAACUGCAUCUUGAGUUAUUUGCACUAAGAAAAAAGAAGCCAGUUUAAAAAUAAAAGGAAUACAUGAACCCGAUUUCAUUUUACAUUUUAUUUGGUUUUUAAAUUGGCAUGUUCUUUUGAAAUCUACCUGUACCAUGGUCGUAGGAAUUUUUCUCUUUAGGUCAUGCACAGCAGAGGUGAGAUGCCUGACUCUCAAUAUUUUUAUUUUUCUUUCUCUGAUACUUCCUAUGUGGAAAGAGCAGCUUUUUUUGUUGUGUUAAGUCAUAAGCAGUGACAGAGCACCCUGUGUGCCACCGCGGGUUGGUGUGACGGUCCCUCCCUCGUGCCGAUUUCCCCCGGCCCCGGCGCUCUUCGGAGUGGGGCAGAGGAACUACUGUGAGAAGCUUCAAGUCUCAUUUCAGAAGCAACAAGCUCUACGCUGCUGCUGGGUUUGGCUCCCGCUCGCUCAGGCUUCAUGUCAUUUACAUACAAUGAAACAGUUUGGGACUAGAUGGAACGUUCCCCUCACCAAAUUUUGUUAAACUGCAGACUGCUGAUUUUUUGGAAGAAUCGAGUCUCGCUCUCUGGCUGCCACCCCUGUGGUCCAUCUUCAACUGGUGCAGAUCAGCUGCUGGCAAAUUCUUCUGCGCGUCGCAAGGACUUUGGAUGGGCCUUACCUGAGUGGGAGAGGGGUGUGCACAGUCCCUGUGGCCAGUGGCUGCUUUGACAUCACCCAGCAUGGGAGGGGAAGGAUGGACAGGACCACUGUAUUAUACACGCUGCACUGGCCUCAACGCAAGUGAUGUCUGCACCAUGUCAGCGACUGCGGCUCAACUCCUUGCUGCAUGCAAGUAAGGAGCUGCACUGCCAGCAUGUGUCCCAUGGGCAAAGCUUUUGUUUUCUUCUUCUUUUUUUUCCCUUUUCCUAGCUCAUUUCACGGACUUAGAAUUCAACUUGCAGACCUUGUCCCAUUCUCAACUUUUCUUGCUAAAAUGUGGUGCCUACAGAUCAAGUAUACAAUGAAUACAAUGAAGAUACGCUCUAUAUGCCAAAUCUAACCUUUCUCCUUAAAUAUACAGUUGCUGACUUGUGUUUACAUAACCUUUAAAAUGUAGGCACUAAAAUGCCUAAUUCCUGUGAUUCAAAACCAUUCCAAGCCCGAAUGGUCCCAAGCCUCACACCUUGCUUCUCUGUUUUGUGUCACGCUCUACUCUGAGGUUCAAAGUCUGUUCCCCUGGAAUUCUACUGGAGGUUCUGCUGGUGAUGUUAAUGGGAAGAGUGAAACUUGCCAUGUAUGUGUGAACUGUCCAAAUAGUCACUUAAACAGGCUAAUUUCUGCAGCCUGUUUAAAGACAGAGCCUUCUGAGAACCAAAUCUCUUUCUGUUUCCAAGUGUCUGGUCCCCAAUGGAUUGCAGUAGCUGUAUGUUCAAACCCAAGGUGUGUGUGCUGACUAGUGGGGUGGAUUUAAUGUGAAAUUUCUUGAACAGCAGCUCUUUUAGGAAAAUGCAAGUUUUCUUGGGCUUGGAUCUUCAGCUAGUGCACUGGUGUAGUGCUGGGUGCCAGGACCACCAGGUUGCCCUGCACCCGCAGGAGAGCUGAUCCUCAUCAUUCAGUAAUGUAAUGGCAAAAAUGAAAUUCCUGUUGCUGUGGGUGGCUUGUGAAAUCAGGGGAAACAGGAGACUCCUUUUGAGGUUAGAGAGGGGAAGAAAAAGUAGUGAUAGUGACUGUAAGGUGUAAGGCAGCAGGAUGCCGAAGUGGCGAUAAUCCGAGAGCAGUGCUGUGGUGGUUGUUCGUGUUUCACGAUACCCACUGCACUGUUACGGUGCUCCUCAGUGAGCUAAAAGGUCAGUACAGGCUUAUCAGUGGAAAAUCCUGAAGGAAAAAAGGCUGGGUUUUUCUCAUAAUAAUUCGUUGAAGUUUAAUCACUUGACUAGUGACACUGAAAGAUAAGGAAAGUAAUUAAGAUUCCCUCUAAAACUGUUACGUGAUAACAGUGGAGCUUGGUGUAGUCAUAGCGACUUCUCAAACACUAAUCCUAAUCGUUAUGAGAAUAUUAUAAAUUACUUGGAAUUGCAUAAAAGCUUCAAAUUGAAUUUGUAUACACACAGUUGAAAAACUUACCUAAUACUGCAGCAUUUAUCCAAUUUCCCAGCUACGAAUUUUUUUAAAAAACAUGUAGUAUAUAGAAAAUGUAAAUUAUAUACAGGCAAUGAGCAGAUACAUUUUCAGCUUCUUGCAAAAAAAAGGACUGCAACCUUACAUUUUUUUCACUUAAAUGCAAUUUUAUACAUUUAUGUUGCUUUAUAUAAAGGAAAUUGAAUGUGAAUGUUACCUUUUAUGAAUGCAACUUGCUCUUUUUUCAUUACAGAAACUUUUGUUUGAAGUAAUCAAUAAACUUUGGUAUGUUGUUCUGAUUAA